AUGAUUUCCGAUAGGCAGAUCUUCUUUGUUUUCGUGUCCACGGACUCCAGCCUUCUGUCCACAAAUUCCGGAUUUCAAUCAUUCGCACCAAGCAAUGUUUCAUACCCAUCCAUUCGAGUUCAAAAAAGUAACAAACUUAUCCCACCUUUUUUCGAACUUCCAUUUGACACCUUUUCUCAUGGCUUUACGACGCAAGUAACGCAGGCGGGAAAAUUGACACUUUCAGGAGUUUGCGAGCUGGGACAGAUAGCCAGGUUUGGUCGCCCGUUGUGGUACUCUUAUUAUCAGAGCCUCCCGAAGGCAGAGAAGGGAAAAACGGUAGAUCUGGCGGUGAUUAAAUUGCGAGGUGGUGCAUCAUCUUCUGGACAUCUGGCAGAAUUGGCAGCACUCGAUUCACGCGUUCUCAUUGGGUUUGAUCCAACUUAUAUACCCUCGCACACAGCACAGACAGAGCUUGUGAAAUCGCAUAUGCCAUGCGUCUUCAACAUUCCUGAGGACCGAGAAUACGUUUCCACCGUAUAUCCAACUGAGCCAAUGCUCUCGGAAGCAGCAGGACGUAUCCUCAAUACGGACGUGUCUAUUGUUGAUAGGGCCCCGGCUAUACUUGGGGAUGCUUUGAAAACAGGGUUGCUUGCGCAGGAGGAACGUGGGCAACUCGUCGCUCGAACUCUUCUGACCGUCGCACACGACGAGGCUGCCAAGCUCGAUUCAAGCUCGACAUUCGAGCUGCUGUACCAUCGGCCAAUCCGACUAGUACAGUUUUUGGAGAAGCUUCUCGCACCCAAGAUCUGGGAAUUGGUCCGCCAUGCGACCCUGUUCACGCAUACAAGGAUGAUCUCGAUCUCGAACUCGCCUUUGCCAAUACCUGGAUCAACUUUUCCCAUUUCUCCCGCCUCGGCGACCGCAAAUCGUACAAUGUGA